GAGACCUACUUCAGCUCUCACCCGUGUCACAGGAAUAAGGCCACUUCCCCGGUUCGCAGUGGGGUUUAGUGUCACAGGAAUAAGGCCACUUCCCCGGUUCGCAGUGGGGUUUAAACUGGCCAGAACACGUUGGGGACUUGGGCCGGGAACUGCCUUCCCAUUCUGCAUCACAGGACGCUUGCGGAUUGAUCGCGCAGGCCCGCCACACCCCUGAUCUCCUGGGCGACGCCGGAAGAGUGCUCUGGUCCGGACAUUCCUCGCGACGCGGCAGCCCUAGCCUCUUCGACUUUGGUUCCGACUAAGAGGAGAGCCGGAGUGCAGACUGGCGGGAGCUGAUCGCCAUAAAAAUACCGGAAACGUGCUUCGGCCUAGGGUUUCCCCUGCGCCGCCGCGACCGCAGGCCUCCGUUCCGCCGGCGUAACGGCCCGGAAGUGCGGCCUUGUAGUCGGUCAGGAGGAAGCGGCCACGGCAGAGCCUGGUGCCUGAAGAGGAGUCGGAGAUGGCGGCUGCAGAGGCUGUGCAUCACAUACACCUGCAGAACUUCUCACGCUCUCUGCUUGAGACCCUCAAUGGGCAGAGGCUUGGGGGACACUUCUGUGACGUGACUGUGCGCAUUCGUGAAGCUUCGCUGCGUGCCCACCGCUGCGUGCUGGCGGCCGGCUCACCCUUCUUCCAAGACAAGCUGCUGCUCGGCCACUCUGAGAUCCGUGUGCCUCCGGUGGUGCCCGCGCAGACAGUGCGACAGCUGGUAGAGUUCCUGUACAGCGGUUCGCUCGUUGUGGCGCAGGGUGAAGCCCUGCAGGUGCUCACAGCCGCGUCGGUGCUUCGCAUACAGACAGUUAUCGACGAAUGCACGCAGAUUAUCGCCCGCGCUCGAGCCCCGGGCACCUCUGCGCCCACGCCCCUGCCCACCCCUGUGCCCCCGCCACUCGCACCUGCGCAGCUGCGUCACCGCCUGCGCCACCUGCUGGCUGCACGUCCCCCGGGGCACCCCGGUGCUGCACACAGCCGUAAGCAGCGCCAGCCCGCGCGUUUGCAGCUGCCCGCACCCCCAACACCUGCCAAGGCUGAAGGGCCUGAUGCUGACCCCUCACUGUCCGCGGCCCCUGAUGACCGAGGUGAUGAGGAUGACGAGGAAAGUGACGAUGAGACCGAUGGCGAGGAUGGCGAAGGUGGCGGCCCAGGUGAGGGCCAGGCACCUCCUUCCUUCCCAGACUGUGCUGCUGGCUUCCUCACUGCUACUGCUGACAGCGCGUGCGAGGAGCCCCCUGCACCCACUGGCCUCGCUGACUACAGUGGUGCCGGGAGGGAUUUUCUUCGGGGAGCUGGGUCAGCUGAGGACGUAUUUCCAGACAGCUAUGUAUCCACUUGGCACGAUGAGGAUGGCGCUGUGCCCGAAGGCUGUCCCACUGAGACCCCUGUCCAGCCCGACUGCAUACUGUCUGGACCCCGCCCGCCUGGUGUGAAGACCCCAGGGCCGCCCGUUGCACUCUUCCCCUUUCACUUGGGUGCCCCUUCAGCACCAUCGGGGCCAGCCCCUGCGCCCCCACCCGCCUUCUACCCCACACUCCAGCCCGAGGCAGCCCCCAGUACUCAGCUGGGGGAGGCCCCGGCUCCCUCUGCUGCUCCCACCACGGCCCCCUCAGGCACCCCUGCUCGCACCCCAGGUGCUGAGCCACCUACCUAUGAGUGCAGCCACUGUCGCAAGACGUUCAGCUCCCGGAAAAACUACACCAAGCACAUGUUCAUCCACUCGGGGGAGAAGCCGCACCAGUGCGCCGUGUGCUGGCGAUCCUUCUCUCUACGCGACUACCUGCUCAAACACAUGGUCACGCACACCGGCGUGCGCGCCUUCCAGUGCGCCGUCUGCGCCAAGCGCUUCACGCAGAAGAGCUCGCUCAACGUGCACAUGCGCACUCACCGGCCCGAGCGCGCGCCCUGCCCCGCCUGCGGCAAGGUCUUCUCGCACCGCGCGCUGCUGGAGCGCCACCUGGCUGCGCACCCUGCGCCCUGAUGGGGCUGGGGCCUGGCCUCGCCCACGGUGGAUCCGGGGCCUCCCGCACAGUCGGCCACGCCCGCUGCGGGACCCGUGGUUCCCGCCACUAGACCACGCUCCCUCCUGAGCGCAGGUCCUCUCUCUCCCUUCACCCUUUCUCCAUACCAGGGCCUAAGUCCGCCUUACUCCUCUCCUCCAUGUACUUGAAUCCUCCAGGUGGUGCCGGGCUGGGGCCGGGGCUGGGGCUGGGGCUGGUUAGACCACUUCUGAGAACUGGACUAUUUCCUGCGUAAACCGGGCGCUCAGGCGCUUGGACCCGGCCCAAGAUUUGACUCCUGUUCUCACCCCGCCCUCUCCUGGGGUGGUGGUGGGGGCUGGGGGGCCGCUUGCCUGCCCCAGGGUCAGGCUGGGCAAGGUCCCUAGCUCUCUACCCAAGCUGUUACUCCCUCAUGGGGCGCCUAAGGAGACUCAAGUGGACCAAUCAUAUAUGGGGGCUGGGCCUCGGGAGUCUCGCUCUAAUAAAGGACUGUAGGCCAUGGGGCCUAAACCACGAA